CCUGGCGGAACAGCGGCCACAUCCCUCCGCAGCCCGUCGGGCCAGACCCCCUGGCCACAGCCGGGAGCCAGGCGGGCGCUGGACGCGCGCUCAGGGGCACUGCCUCUCGCGGCCACCAGAGGGCGCGGCUGGAGACGGCGCGGCGGAGCCGGGGGAGGAGGGGAGCCGCCGGAGAAGGGUCAGCCGCGGCGGAGGGCGGCGGCGGCGGCGGCGGCGCAGCUCCGGUCUCCGCGCGUCUCCGUCCCCGCGCCCAGGUAGAGCACGCAUCCUCCGCCGCCCAGAUGCGGCCGUCCGCUUGCCGCCCGGCGCUACCGGCGCUGGUCGCGCUCCUCACCUGCUCCCUGGGUUUUGCUUCGGUUUCUGAAGAUACAAAGAAAGAGGUCAAGCAGUCUCAGAUACAGGAUUUGGACAAUCAGAGUGAUAUAUCAAGGAAAAAUGACAUAGUUCUAGACUUAAAAGGAAUUGUAUUUGUCAUCCAGAGUCAAAGUAACUCUUUUCAUGCAAAGAGAGCAGAACAGUUAAAAAAAAGCAUCUUAAAGCAGGCAGCAAACCUUACACAGGAGCUCCCCAGAGUCCUUCUCCUUCAUCAGCUGGCCAAGCAGGAAGGCGCCUGGACCAUACUCCCACUGUUACCGCACUUUUCUGUAACGUACAGCAGAAAUUCAUCUUGGAUUUUCUUCUGUGAAGAAGAGACAAAAAUACAGAUUCCAAAACUCUUAGAAACACUUAGAAGAUACGACCCCUCUAAGGAAUGGUUUUUAGGAAAAGCAUUACAUGAUGAAGAGUCUACAAUAAUUCACCAUUAUGCCUUUUCUGAAAAUCCUACAGUUUUUAAAUAUCCAGACUUUGCUGCUGGCUGGGCCCUUAGUUUUCCACUUAUAAACAAGCUUACCAAGAGAUUAAAGAGUGAAUCCCUGAAAUCUGACUUUACAAUAGAUUUAAAACAUGAGAUUGCCCUCUACGUAUGGGACAAAGGUGGCGGACCUCCUCUCACCCCAGUGCCUGAGUUUUGCACAGACGGUGUGGACUCCUCCUGUGCUACCACGUUCCGUUCUUUUCUACCACUUUGUGGAGAGCCAGUGAAGAAGGAGAAUAUUUUUGUUGCAGUAAAAACAUGCAAGAAAUUUCAUGGUGACAGAAUACCCAUCGUCAAGCAGACUUGGGAGGGCCAGGCAAGUCUCGUUGAAUACUAUAGCGACUAUGCCGAAAGUUCCAUCCCUACUGUGGAUUUGGGAAUUCCUAAUACAGACAGAGGUCAUUGUGGAAAGACGUUUGCCAUUUUGGAAAGAUUUCUGAAUCGUAGCCAUGACAGAAUAUCAUGGUUAGUCAUUGUGGAUGAUGAUACGUUAAUAAGUAUCUCCAGGCUCCAGCGCUUGCUCAGCUGUUAUGACCCCCAUGAGCCAGUGUUCCUGGGAGAGCGCUAUGGCUACGGGCUGGGCACCGGCGGCUACAGCUAUGUCACGGGAGGAGGAGGAAUGGUCUUCAGCAGAGAAGCCAUCCAGAGACUUCUCACCAGCAAGUGUCGAUGCUACAGCAAUGACGCUCCCGAUGACAUGGUCCUGGGAAUGUGCUUUAGCGGGCUGGGAAUUCCUGUGACGCACAGCCCUCUCUUCCAUCAGGCUCGGCCAGUGGAUUACCCUAAAGACUAUCUGUCUCAUCAGGUCCCCAUAUCGUUCCACAAACACUGGAACAUUGAUCCCGUGAAGGUGUAUUUCACGUGGCUGGCUCCCAGGGAGGAAGAUGGAGCCUGGCAGGAGACACAGAAAGGUUUUAGAGAAGAGCUAUAGAGCACGGCGGCCUGUGAGCAGGGUCUGGACGGGAAACAGCAGACCGUCACGUCCGUCAUCUGUGCCAGGCUCAUGCUGCCCGCGCCUGCCACGUGGCAUCCGACACUUCCUGACUUGAGGUGGAAAUUGUGUAUAUGGUAUGAUUGGAUGGGGGACGGAAAGGAUCAUGGGGGAAACAGAUUUUCUUUUGUUUUUUUUUUUUUUCCCUGGGAAAAAGCACUUGCUUUUUGACUCGUGCAGUCGUGACACAUGGUGAUGACUGUGCAUUUUUCAAGCUGUGAUGCAGCAGCCGUUACUACUCUCACAGGAAAAUAAAUGGUCCUGGGAGUCCUGUCCCGUUCUCUCUCUUCAUGAUAAUGGAAGUUUCAGGCGGGCAUGAGCCUGGACAGAUGUUACUUUCUGUUGUUCUGUAGACAUAUAGAGAAGAAUGAAGGUCAUUGGUGUGGAUAUUGCCAAUGGGAUGAGCUUUUAAACCAUAUUAUGGAUGAUGAAAAUUUAUUUCCUGGGAACUCAGUAGGAAUAAUGGUAUGUUAAGGGUCCUUCAUAAAACAUCAUAAAAGGCUAGAUAAGUCCUCUGUAGUCUAUAAUCGUGGUUAUGUUUUCCACAUUCUUUUGCUGUUUGUGCUUCAUAAAAGAGAGUAAGAGGUCUUCUGCUAGAGCUUCCUGUCUCUCCAGAAGUUCAUCCGUGUUCUGUUUCUCCCUGAAGCCUAUCUUUAUGGCCUACUUACAACAUGAAAGUAUAGCAAUGCUGCCAAAAAAUAGUGUCCUCAAUAUUUUAAAACCAUGCUGAUGUGUUUUAUUCGACUCAACAAGCUCUACGUGAGACUCAGGACGCAAAUUAAACUUGGACCUGAUGUUUUACUCUUGUUCUUCUCUGAAUAUCACUUAAUGACUCUCCUGACUCAGAAUAGACUCCCUCAGUGCACCGCAAAACCCUGGAAGAAGGACAACCUGGAGAUUUGGCAAUUUGUCUGGGUUCGUAAAGGAGGAAAUUUGAACAUAAUGUUUUGAAAUAGCUCUAAUUUUCAAAUGAUAUCUUUAAUAUAUAGUAAUUUAACACAUGCAGUAUUGAUGUACAAAAAGUACUCUGUAUUUUGGGUUUUUUAUUAUGUGAUUUAGUUUUAUAUAGGUUAUUUGCAUACAAUUUGAUUUUAAUGUUCUAAACUCAUUUUGGUAUUUCCCUCCUUUUUUUUAAAUUAAAAAUGCUAUUCAUUAAUUUUGUUUCUAAUACUUUUUAUAGCCAAGCAGAGGUCAAAGCCAUACUACCAAAAGUACCUGUGUGGUUUUUAAUAAUGUCUAUUUUUUACAGCUUAGAUUUGACUCAUUUCCAAAACGAUGCAAUAGUUGGCCAUUUUUUUCAAAUCAACUACCAGGACUCGUGUGUUAACGGUGAUAACCUGGUAUUCAGUUUUGUGACAAUGGAUUUUGUGGCCCAUCCCAGUAAAGAGAUGUCUGCAGAUGACCUCAGCUUUGUUGCCAUCAUAACUGGGAUUGUCCCUGCUGCCGUGGUAGCCGCAUCAUCUCUAAUAAUACUCCUGGGGACCCUGGGCCGCCUGCACCUGUGGAGAAGAGUCCUCAGUUCUUUUGCUCCUGCCUACUAAUUCUUACCACUCAGAGAACAGCAUGUUCAUUUGACAGGAUUCAAUCCGGCGUUGGUACAUGCACACCCACACCAGGCUUUCUUCUGUGUGAUCAGGGCCUUCUGCUGACACAGGAGCCCGUCCUCGGGAACUUAUAGGUGUUUUGUCUGCAUUUACUUUUUUGUAACUGUGUAAACCUAACCAUGAAUAAAAGAUCUUU